AUGUCGUUGAUUUUCCACGUCGGACAGCGCGUCAAGCAAUUCCGCGAUGGCAUCACCAAAUCAGACGAGAUUUCCACCCGCCUCCACACUCUAUCUGAUCUGGCACAAGCGACUAUUCGCCGGUUCGCAGAUAUCUACUCCCAACAACACAAGUUUGGCGGCGCCGCCGGCGCAACCAACAUCUUGCAAACCUAUCCUGGAAAGAUGGGCGUCCCCAGCUCCCUCUUCACUUCCAUGAGCAGUCACCGCGAAGCCCAAGACGUCGCUGACAAGAACUUCCUUCCAGAUGAGUUGGACGAUUUGCUAGAUCGCGUCGUCAGAAUUGCAAUGAAGCCCAGGAGUAACUCUACCCACGCUUCGCAGGGCGGAUCAAGCAAGAAGCGAAAGCCCGAGUCUCUUGAUGCCAACGGAAAAUCCUCCGUGGCCAAAAAGGCACGCAAGGAAAAGACUUCUCGUCCCGCUCGCAAGUCCACAUCAUCCACCAGUGCAGCUGCCAAGUCGAGACGGAAAUCAAAGGACGACGACGGUUGGUCUUCUGACGGAGGCGCUGGAGGCGCCGUAACCACUUCCUCUCGCAGGCGCAGCGUCCGAGGCACCGCGAAGGCGGAAGUCAGCUAUAUCGACAACGACAGCGACGAUGCCGACAUGGAGAUGGCAGAGUGGGAUAAACCCCAAGAAAAAGACGACGGCGAAGAUGAAGCGGGGGAAAGUGAGAACGAAGACGUCCAAGAAAUGGACGAUGAUCAAGAACCCGCUGAGGAUGAUGAGGCCGAGGCCAGCGAGAAGGAACCCACGCCGCCUCCUGCAAAGAAGCGAGGCGGAAAGACCGCUGCUGCGAAGGGCGAUGCCAAAAAGCCUGAGGCAAAGAAGCCCUCGACAGCCAGCUUGCCUUCGCGACGCUCUUCCCGUCGUGGAUAA